GGUAGCUUGAUAGGUCUGUGCUGUGGUUCUCAGCUUCUCUGCGGCGAAGCGACUGUCAUCAUGCAGGUGGAAUGUGCUCAGAUUGGCAGAUGGUAGCGGGCUUCCAGCCGGCAGAAUUCUUACUGAGCCAGGGGACACACGCUGAGGAUAUCGUUCCGUUCUAUGUAGUUCUGAUGAGCGGUCCGAUGCUGACAGUUUGUUUUUCCAUACUGGCGCAGUCCGUCUCAGCCGGAUUGGCAUGUGAUGCCACAGAGUAGCCUACUGCGGGAAGUCACUCUCCUGAUAAUUUCGGAGCAAACAACAGGAGGAAAUCUGUCUCCAUCAAUUCUUUUCAACCACCGUUCCAUGACCAUAAUGGAUGAAGGAACUUCUUGUGAGAACACUCCAGACCUGAAAGACAUAGAGGCGAAAAUCGGCCGGAAGACCCCCGAGGGUUUGCUCAGGUGGAUGCGGGAAGAGGCAUCCUCGCUCAGGGGAGAAGACAAACUGGCCCUCACCGCGCAGGAAACAACGAAGGAGACUGGGAAGAAGAGCCUGGAUGAAAAGAUCACAAAACUGAGGACCGAGAUGGCACACUUGCGCUCCGUGGACAUUAAGAUCCUACAGCAGCUCCUGGCGGUCCACGAAGGCAUCGAGGCAGUCAAGUGGUUGCUGGAGGAGCGCAGCACGCUAACAAGCAGAUGCAGCAGCCUGACCAGCAGCCAGUACAGCCUGGGCGAAGGCCCCGACACCUCCUGGAGAGGUUCCUGGAGCAGCCUUCAUGACCCCAAUGACAAGCUGGACAACAUUUCCAUCGGUAGUUACCUGGACACCCUAGCAGACGAUCUGGAUGAAUACUGCCCCUCUAGCUCGGAGUCAGCAAUCUGCUCUUCCACGCCACAGAUCUCUGAGGUCGCCGCUGGGGGCCGGACAGCAGAAGUUUCCACGGUUUCGGGUACUGUGACUGGGGAGAAGCCUGGGGCUAAUGCAGAGACUGGAAAUGGAGUUGGAAUAGGAAUUCGGUCCCGAUCGAAUGAGGAUGGAAGUGGAAGAGGGCCUGUUGUUCUCAGCGAUGUCAAUGGGAACGGGAUCGUCGGAAGUGAAAAUGGAAAGCCACUGCUUCCGAGCAACAUUCCUGAAGCUCGGGCCAAUGCCGAGCAAGAUGCUUCAGUUCGCACUAAGGAUUCAGAAACAGGCCUGGUUUCUUUGAGGAAUACCCAGCGCCAGAUCAUUAAACCUAACGGGAACCUAGAGAAGAUGACAACACCGACAGGCAGCCGCACUCGAAUGGGCCUCAGUGAAAAAUUGGGCAUGAAACAGAGCCCUAAACGUAAAGCUUACAAAAAUGCAAACGUUGACUUGGAUACUUGCAAACUAAAUGGCAAAAUGCAUCUGGAGUAUGAUGCUCACUGGCGGUGGGUGCAGUCACAAGAAGAUGUGACGUUUUUGUGACGCUACUGACCAGCCAAUCAUUCCUUCGGAUAAUUUCAACAAAUGGCCAUUGGGUUGCUUCCACUGCAAUAAGAUGCUGACGGUAAAGGAAAAAAAGAAAGCAACUCAUUUUUCUAUUUGCACAAAUAACAUUUUGGUGGUGUCAAUACUUUGAUCAAUGCACACGAAGGGAUUUUGAUCAUUUUCAAUCAGUGUUAAGUAACAAUACUACCAAUCUAAAAUUAUUUUCUCAGGCUCCUUCUCCCUCCUUCAUCCUCGCUGUGAGCUUACAUUUCUGUUCCAAGCCCAGUGAGAUGAUCUCUGAAAUAUCAUUUAUACAUAUUAAUGUCAUGUUAUGCGGACUGUUGGUCGCGAAAUACAGUCCUUAUUAAUACAACUUCAUAUUUAGCGGUACAACAAAAACAUUUGGCUAUAAAUGAUCUAUCUGUAGCUAUAGUCUAAACCAUGUCGAUGUAGUAGAAGACCAAAGUUUUUCCAUCUUUGACUCCAUUUGGGUCAGCCAAUUAUUCAAGUCUGUGUCCUCGUAUGUAUACCGUGUAACUGAAGUAUAUCAGUUAUAUGCUACUUGCUGCUAUUAACACGUGCAACACAUGUAUUACACUGAGUGUUACUAUCUGUAAGCAUGUUUGUCUCAAACACAUAGUGAACCUGAGCUAAAGUCAGAGGGUGACAACCCCCCCCAACCCCCCUUAUGUGGACUAUGCACAUGAUGUUUCUACUGUAUGUGGAACUAAAACCCUCGGCGCUUAACCUAUCAUCUGCCAUAUAUUGAUGUCACAGUACAGCUCCACUGUACCUUUCACGGCUAGUUGUCGGUGCGUUUUGAAUAUGCCUUCUUGUUAAGACCCAAAUGUUGACCUAAUGACGUCUUUAUGAUGAGCACAUUUGUGCCUGAUUGGUGAAAACCUUAAAUAUACGUUCUGUGCCUAGCCUGUUCUUUCCCUCUUGCGAUGGACUGUUGUUGCGAAAUCGGGUUAUCAAUGUAUUUUUGUCUGCUCCUGGCUUCUGCUUGUGUGUAUAAAUGGCUCGACCAUCAA